AUGAUUCACCUCAAUGUGGAGAAGGUCAUUCCUUUUACUGUGCUGCCAAAGAAUGUCCAAAAGCGCAUCAUGGAUGAGCAUCCACCUUUCUUUGGCUCCGGUGUGGGCAUUUUGUCGACUCGUAUGAAAUGGAAGGCUGUUACCGCAGAGCGACUCCUGCGGCUCCUGAACGAGAGGGAGGAGGAUCGCGCGCUGUACAUCGACACUUCCAUCGCACACGAGCUCGGUGUAAAGGUGGAUGCAAAAUAUGCAAUCGAUAUUCGAAAGCAGAGUUCCAUUUCAGUGUUCAGUGCUGAACAGCUCGACGAUCCAUACAAAGGGGAACCUCAAAAGGGUGUGGCAUUGAACGCGGUGACGGGAAAGAGACUUGGCCAGCCGGCGCACGACAUCCUUUUAGCUGUAGGCAUCAUGCGUGGAUACAUAUCACCAAUGUGGAUUGGAGAAAAACAGCUCAAACAUCUGAAUCUGGAGGUACGUAAAGGGAGAGAAAAGGAGGGUGUGCUAGCUCCCAAUAUGACGGGUUUGAUUGUUUCUUUGUCGCAGAUUCCAAAUGAUGCACAGCGGGAGUUGCUCAAGGAGCUGCGUGACGCCCAUCCUGAUGCCUUUGGAUAUGAUUUGUACUUCCUUUAUAACGUUAAUGGCUGGGAAGUGAUGCGGUCACGAGUACUUGUAAAGCAAAUGGCAGCGGUGAAUGACCCCAAAUACCCGUAUCACUUUGUGAACAUCAGGGAUUUGGGGCUGCAGAAGAUUAAAUACGCCAAAUUUGCGGACGCAUGCCAACGGAUGUUGAAACCCUUGGGUAUGAAUCUGCCGGAGGCCAAACUAUCACAGGACGACGGAAGCGAUACUGUUACCAGGGAGAGUGGUGCACUCGUUGUUCAGAAUUUUGUAUCUCCGGAUGAAGGCAACAAAAACGAUGCCCCGGGAGUGGCGUUCUUUGCAGAAGAUGCCACACUUCGGCGGUACUAUAACGCAGUGUGUGUGACAAAGCCCUACUUGGCUGUUCCUGCAGUGCGUUCUGUUGCCAUUUUGAAUGGCAAACUUAUCGGCCGGCGAGACGAAGUUAAAUUGCGCAACUUUGCUCUUAAACAUAAGCUUUCUAGUCCUAUUUGGGUGACGCCGGUCGGGGCCAGACGUAUGGGCGUCGGCAUCGAAAAGAAGUAUCUCAACCGAUAUGUCAUGAUUGGUGCUGGGGCUGAGGAGGAUAUUGGUGAGGAGCCCGUUGAAGAAUUCUACAACUUGGACGAUUUCGUCAACCCUGAGGAGGUACUUCAGAUCUUCCCAAAGAAGAGUAAGUCGGCACACUUCAUGCUGGACUCUAAAUGGCGCCCUGUUUUGGGCAAGCAGAGACAGGAGUACUUGUCGUCCCUGAAACGUAGUACGCCGCUCUGGGUGUCGGUGAGCGAGUGCCUCAUGUCUGGCUUUGAAACCAAGGUGGGCUCGCAGCCACUCUCUUUCCCGUCACGGAAGAAAUCAUCGGCCUCUGCUGGGGGACAAAAGCUGUACAACUCACAAUUCACAACUGACCCUGUCCGCGUUAUCGGGAUGGCGACGGUGUACACACGACCUCAGGGCACCACCCUCUGA